UAAUUCUCACCUGGAGCCUCUUGAAGAUUAAGCAGAGUGGAGUAUCUCAUGCCAGAUGAGAGCACAGUCUGAGAGGACUGUUCAAGACUGGCUGCUUUCUAAGGAACAAGUUUCAUAAGAAAACCGGAAUACCGUGGAAAUGCCUCACCUGAACUUUCCAGACCAGAUUAACAUGGACCGUCCGAUGUAAAGGAUUUUACAGCGCCGAACAAGGAAACUUGAGGGAUCCCGAAGUUACAGGCUGCGCAAUGUCAUCUGGCCGUGAGUCUGUAGGGGAUCUGAUUCCCCCAGAUAUGCUGCAGGUGUUCCAUGAGGAGUGGCAGGGUGGCAGGGGCAAACGGGGCAGGAGAAGGGCAGGAUCCUUCAGCCGUGCUUUCAAGUGGUUGAAGAGCCAGCGCAGGAAAACCCGCCGACGCGCUACAGAGAUUCAUGGAGACCUGCUCGCCACUGGAUCACCUGUAGAACUACCAAAAUCUACACUUAUAACAGGCCCUAAAGAGGCGGUUGUGGGUGCUAUUUCUGUUCAGGAAUUCCAAGAAAAUGUGUUUGUGGAGGGUAAUCGGCCUAAAUAUGUGUUGGACCUGCAAACAGAGGCCCAGCAGGGCCUUAAAAUGCAGCAGCAAGAGGAUGAUAGGAAUGGGAUUGAUUACCCUGAUGACCAAAGUAUGAUUUCAACAGUAACAGCUCAGACAGAAGACAGCAUGGCCUUCAGUGAGCUGAGAGGCUUUGAGUCUGAGAGCACAGCUGCUGAUUCUGUUUCGAUGCGCUCAUCCAUUUCCUCACGAUCAACACGCUCAGGACUCAAACGCCAAGCCUCAACGUUCAGACCUCUGAAGCCAGAUAAGACUGCAGAGAAGACAAAGUCUCGUAGGAGACAUGUGAGAACUGUUGUAGGAAUUCCUCGACACAUCCAGAGAGAACUGGGGUUGGACAGGGCAGCAUGGAUCACCACCAAUCCUCUUGAUGGUCAGCUGUCCAACGGAGACAUGAUCAUACCCGCCAUCAUUUCCACUGUGGAUGGUGUGUCUUCCAGCUCUGAACAAGAAAGUGUACAAGACCAUCUACAAGGCGUGCAGAACCUGUACACGGUUAAAGAAAACAACACAGAGCUCCCCACACUGACAAAACCCAAAGAUGACAUCCUCCAAGGGCUCAUGAACCAUUCUGUAGAUCCAGAAAAGUCAGGAGCAGGCAUUCUAGGUGUUCCUUGGACAGAGAACCCAACCAGUGUGGUGAUGUCCAUCUCACCUCAGGCCACAUACAUGUCUAAAAUCAUUCCAAAUGCUGUUCUUCCACCAUCUGUGGAUGUUGUGGAACUCAGUCGCAGCCAAAGUCGCAGCAGUGUCCGAACUGUCAGCAAGAGCAGUCUGGUGUCAGCCAGCCCAGCAUCCACACGUGCUUCCUCCAGAGUCUCUUCACAUCGUUCCACAACCUGCUCAAACUACUCUGGGUGGAGCCACUCGGGAUCAUCAGAAACGCUAGUAUCCGAUUCUUCUACCAUCUCCAGCAGUAGCACUCCCCGUGUGGCCAGCAGAGGGAGUCAGGUUGAGAACAUGGAUAGACCAGCCAAGCUGAACAAUGAUGGUUCCCAUGUUAAAACUACUCAUGUGAAUGGGGGCUCUACAGAGGAGGAAGAUAGCAGAAAAACAGGAUCUGCUGCUGCUUUCACACGUAACCUAUCAGUGAUUAAAUGGGGAAAGAAACCUCCAGCUCCUCCCAGCAGGUCAUACUCUUUACACAAUGGGAAACAGGCCUGGAAGGCAUCUGAGAGUAAUACCUGCUUGGCUGAUGUCAGCACUCCAAAUGAGUCACCAUACCCUGGUGUAAUUUCUAUAUCUAAAACGAAGGCCACCGCUCAUGAGUUGAGCCCUAAGAUAGGCAUACCUCCCUCCAAUGGACCCACAACUGUCACAUCAAAGGAGAGCCAGCCAGUCAGCACAGACAAGAAAACGAUGUUAGCUGAGCUUAAGAUAUGCAGAAAUAACCUUCAAGUGUCUUCCAUUGAUGCACCCCAUUCAUACACAAAUGGCACUAGUAAGCUUGCUGAACUUAAGAACACCCUUUUGUCAAAAAGUCUAAUUAAUAGUAACAGUUCCUCCCCAGCUGUAAUGGCUCUCCGAUCUCUGUUAGAGAUUCCCACCCAUCCCAAAGUACUGGCUCCGCCAGCUCCUCCUCCUGAGACCUGGGCUCACAACCAGCGGACUUUUGAACUGCUGUGUGGACCAGGACCUGUUAACUAUGCACGCUGGGCCAAAAAGAGAGGUCUUAAAAUAGCAGAUGAACGAGAUGUAGCCUUGGCAAAUGCUGACAGAGUAAACGCAACAUCUCUAUUGCAGCCAGUAGAGAUAAAAGGCAAAAUUGAAUCCAUAGCUCCACUUGCUUGUGUUGCCCCAUCUCCAUCACCUCCCCCAGAACAUUGCCCACCAAUACCAUAUAACAGCCAAGCCAAACCUCCUCCGCCCCCUCCAGACUUUGUUCCUUCAACUCCUACACUAGCUGCCAAAGCAAUAAAGGACUUAACUACUUGGAUCCCUCCACCUCCUCUGUUUCCUCCUCCGGCGCCUCCAGUAGGUACGGCUUCGGCAACUCCUGUCGCUGUGCAAAAUGAUACCGACUUCCCUCCACCGCCCCCACCAUUUUCGCCACAGUCUUUACUGUCAAUGCCUCAAUUACCUCUAGAUAUUCCACUGCCACCACCGCAGGAAGUUCCACCUCCACCAAGACCACCUUCUGAACCACAGAAAAUCCCAUCCCCUCCACAAGAAUCCCAACCUUCAACACACAAUGUGUUAGUAACAUCAUCUGAAACUUCUCAACAAAUCAACGUUCCUCCACCUCCUCCACUACUCACUGAUGUAAGAUCUCAACAAGUCAGUGUUUCUCCACCACCUCCACUGCCCACUGAUGUAAGAACUCAACAAGUCAGUGUUCAUCCACCUCCUCCACUGCUCACUGAUGUAGGAUCUCAACAAGUCAGUGUUUCUCCUCCUCCUCCACUGCCCACUGAUGUAAGAUCUCAACAAGUCAGUGUUUCUCCACCUCCUCCACUGCCCACUGAUGUAAGAACUCAACAAGUCAGUGUUUCUCCACCUCCUCCACUACCCACUGAUGUAAGAACUCAACAAGUCAGUGUUUCUCCACCUCCUCCACUACCCACUGAUGUAAGAUCUCUACAAGUCAGUGUUUCUCCUCCUCCUCCUCCACUACCCACUGAUGUAAUAUCUCAGCAAGUCAGUGGUCCUUCUCCUCCUCCACUACCUAGUAAUGUAAAAAGGGAGGACAGACUAGAGACAACAGAAACAGAGAAACGGACAAGCAGUCCCUCUCCGGCCAAAGAGGAGACCUCUGGUCUUGUGGUCACCCAGUCUCUCCUACAGAUGGUUCGUCUUAGGUCAGUUAAGUCCAAUCAGAGCCAUGCUGUAGAUCCUGAUAAACCAUCACAACCCAAACCAAAAUCAAGUGUCAAUCAAGAGGCACCUCCAAAGCCAAUCAGAAGGUCUUUGAUUAUGACAUCACUGCCCCCUGAUGUGGAAGCUCUUUCCAACACCGAGCAAAAAACUGAAGCUCCGUCCCUCAACACAAACACAACCACUGUAUCAAGUACUCAGCAAGGAUCAUCUGAACGAGAAACUCAAUCAAAUAACAUUGCUCAAGAAACAGAUAACACAAUACUUGAGCCAAAAUAUUCAAUAGAUACAUGUCCACCUACCGAACCAAGUAACAAUCCAGCUCCUGCUGAACCAGCAACUAAACAACCCUGUGCUGAAAUAAAACUCAAACCCAAAACCCUCAUGGAACAAAUUCAACCUAUAGCGCCUGACUCAGCAACCCUGCCAAGCACAACGGAACCAAAGGACCAAUCAAUCAGUGAGCCAAAGGCUCAACAUCAGGCACAAGAACCCAACAAUUCAGAGAAGCAAUUAAGCACUGUUGAAAUGCACUCAAAGCUAGAUGGUGAGCAGCCAAAAACCCAAACAGCAAUGCCCAUUGUCUCUUCCACACCUCCCAUAAUCUCUUCGCCAGCUAACCCCUCCAUGCGUCUCCAGGAUGCCAUUCGUCUAAAGGCUGCCACUAUGUCUUCAAAAGACAACCAAGCCAAGCGCUUUGGUCUGUGCUCCCCUCCCCCAGCCAUGGCUAGUGGCACCGCUGUACCAAACUCCCCUGCAUCUACAGCCAGCUUCAUCUUCUCCAAGAGCACAAAGAAGGUCGUAAUAGAGGCACCGUCAUCCUUAGAGGUUCAGGGUGACCUGAGGAAAACUCUGGUGGCAGAGUUAGCAUCUGUCUCUGAUUUAGCCAAGUCUAAUGACUCGCACAAGAUGGCUAACAAAGUUCCUCCACCUAUUGCUAAGAAACCCAACACUAAGGUUGAGAGCGUUGUUCAGAACUCUGCAGAGGCUGAAUCUGUAGCCAAGACUGAGCAUGUGUAAACAGAAACUGUACAAACUGCCGGACAGGAAGUACAGAGAACUCUGAGAAUAGAAGUGAAUGAAUAUGUGCACAAAUGAUUUAAUAACCCUUGAGUUUUUGCUUUAUUUCGCAGAUAAAUCAGGCUUUAGAUCCUAGGCCCAAACUGCUCAAGCAAUUUUGAAAUAUACCAAAAAAGUCUUUAUGUACAGAUAGGCAUAUUGCACUUUUUGUACACUGGUUUAGUGUAACUGAUUCUCAUUCAUCAUGGGAAUGCACUUCACUGGUAUUUGGAAAUUAUAAAUAUUAUUAUUUUAUUUAUGUGUCCUCAGUCUUAAAGAAGCCAUGCUACCUUCCAGUUUAUGGAACUCCUCCCUACUGGUAGCACUGUAAUAACUGUGGCAACAUA